AUGUAUAUCACUAGUGAUAAAAUUAGAGUGCCAUCUAAAGUUGUAAAGAGUCAGUUUAUCAACUAUUUCGAGUCAAAAAAUCACACACAUUGGCCAGGUUCUUCAGUAGUUCCUAACAAUGACCCAUCCUUACUAUUUGUCAAUGCUGGGAUGAACCAGUUCAAGCAGAUUAUUAUGGGACAGAUAGACAAAGAUUCAGGCAUGAGUAAAUUGACUCGAGCUUGUAAUUCUCAGAGAUGCAUUAGAGCUGGAGGGAAACAUAAUGAUUUGGAUGACGUGGGCAAGGAUUCCUAUCACCAUACCUUCUUUGAAAUGCUUGGUAAUUGGAGUUUUGGUGAUUAUCUCAAGGAAGAUGCUAUUGAUUUUGCAUGGGAUUUGUUAGUUAACAUCUAUAAUCUGGAUCCCACUAGGUUAUAUGCCACAUAUUUUGGAGGAGAUCCUGAACACAAAGGUUUACCACCUGACCUAGAAUCAAGGGACAAAUGGCUAAAAUAUUUGCCCGAAAAUAAAGUACUUCCUUUUGGCUGCAAAGACAAUUUUUGGGAAAUGGCUGACACUGGACCUUGUGGCCCUUGCACCGAAAUCCACUAUGAUCAUGUAGGAGAUAGGGAUGCUGCUAAUCUGGUUAAUGCGGAUUCCCCUGAAGUUGUCGAGCUUUGGAAUUUAGUUUUCAUGGAAUAUAAUAGGGAAGGGAAUGGAUCACUCAAGAAAUUGCCUAAGAAAUGUGUGGAUACGGGCAUGGGAUUUGAACGUCUAGUAUCAGUAAUAAAUGGCUUCACAAGUAACUACGACUGUGAUAUGUUCACUACAAUACAUAAUGAGAUUCAGAAUUUGCUACCAAAUAUACCACCAUAUGCUGGAAAGUUUGGCACUGACGAUAAAUUGUUAAUAGAUACAACAUAUCGUGUUAUUUCUGACCACAUAAGAUGUAUAACUAUUGCUAUUAGUGAUGGCAUAGAGCCUAACAAUGAAGGUAGGGGUUAUGUACUACGACGAAUUCUUAGAAGAGCUAUUGUUUACGGAAAGUUAUACUUCAAUGCAAAUGAACCAUGGCUAUAUAAACUAAUACCAACUGUUGCAGAAACAUUAGAAAUUUCAGGCUAUAAGGUGGAUAAAGUUGUGACUGUAGUGAAAGAUGAGGAAGUACUAUUCUCAUCCACUUUGGAUAAGGGUGUGGAGAAGUUCAACAAAAUUUGCAACUCACUGAAAUCUGGCGACAUCAUCAGUGGCAAAGAGGCAUUUUUACUCUACUCUUCAUUUGGGUUCCCCCUAGAUCUCACCCAAAUAAUGGCUAAUGAACGAAAUAUUGGCGUGGAUAUGGUGGGAUUUGAUAGGGCACUAUUGGAACAUCAAAGGGCAUCUGAAGCAAUUAAUUCAUCUCAUGAUAAUGUAAAUAAUUUAAUUGACACACUAUCUGCAGAUGUAAUACAUCAGAUUGAGCAAUAUACUGGCAUAUUUACAACAGAUGAUUCGCUUAAAUAUGAGUGGUCGAGUGCUGAAGGCGUCGGAGAUUCCUUUGAUUGCAAAGUUAUUGCUAUUUGGGAUGGAAAACAAUUUCCUCAACUUGUUAAUCCCACAAGCACUGAUGGUAUCUAUGGAAUAGUACUGGAUAGGACGCCUUUUUAUUCCGAAUCUGGAGGGCAGGUAUCGGACAUUGGCCAAUUCACAUUAAACGGAAGUGUCUGUUUUAAUGUGUUAAAAGCACACAAAAUGGGUUCAUACGUAAUUCAUGUUGGCCAUGUACUAGGUAAAAUUGGUGUAGGAGAUGUAAUAAAAUCUUGUGUAUCAUAUGAGCUGAGGUGUGGAAGUGCAAAGAAUCACACCUCUACACAUAUGUUGAAUUAUGCAAUCAGGAGGAUAUUAUCAGACAAUGUAGAUCAAAAGGGAUCACUGGUUGAUCCGGAAAAGCUUAGAUUUGACUAUAACACUUCUAAACCGCUUGAAAUGGAACAGAUUGUAACUUUGCAAAAUUUCUUAAAUGAAAUGAUUUCGUCUAGUUUACCCGUGUCAACAUACGUGCUGAAACUGGAGAAUGCCAUGAAGAUCAACGGGAUAAGAGCAGUUUUUGGAGAAUCAUACCCUCAAAAUGUACGAUUAUUGGCAAUCGGUCUAUCAGGUGAUUUGCCUGAAAUUGAACAACUAGAUGGCACAAAAAUAUCGUUAGAAUUAUGCGGUGGUACGCACGUUAGCAAUACUUCUGAAAUUCGGGCAAUUUAUGUUACUUGUGAGGAAGGGAUAUCGAAGGGAAUCAGAAGAAUUACUUGCAUCACCGGUAAAGUGGCAAUGGAGGCUAUGGUUAGGAUGGAAAAUUACUUUUAUCAGUAUCAAAACAUACUCAAGCAAAUAACCACAUUUUCCAAUACCUAUGAUGGUAAUUUGUAUGAACAAUCCAUUGCAAGCACUUUAAACAGGGACUCAUUAGUUGCCCUAAAGGGAUCGAUUGAAAAGGAUAGAUACUUGCCGCUCAUAGAUAGGAAAAAGUUAUACACAGAAAUAGAUAAUCAACUAAAACUCCAAUGGGAUACACUUAAGAAGUAUCAGAAAUAUUUAAUGGGCGUUGUAAAACUUGUGACUAAGGAGGACCCUUCAAUAUUUCCCAUUGAACAAGGUUACCACGUAAUAAGAUCAGAUGAUCUCCAUGGAGAUAUUAAGCAUAUGAUGAUUGUGGCACAGAGUUUUACUAAAAAAUCAAAAAUAAAUGUUCUGAUACUAUCCAAAUUGCCGAAUGUUGAUGAUGCUGGCAAAAAUGUUGAUAAAUUUGUCUGCAUAACAGCCGAUGGAUGUUAUAAAGCCAAUGAAUUUAUACGUGACAAGUUUAAUGACACUGAUGUGACUUUUGACCACGCACAUAUAGGUAGUGCCACGGGCCAGAUAGCCUAUAACUAA